GCACUUCAAUUCUUGUGCAUAGAGUUGCUUCAGGUUCUUUGGUGACCUUCAAACCUCUACAAUGACCACUUGGUCAGACCUUUUGCCAGAGAUUCUUAACGAGAUCGCGGAAAAGUUGAACUUUUAUGAAGAUUCCAUCAGUUUUCUUUCGGUCUGCAGUUCGUGGCGGUCUUCCGCCACCACGACUGCAAACUUGAUUAGACAUCACCAUCUUCUUCCGUCUCGGUUUCCCAUGCUAAUGCUUGCAGAAUCCAAGAUGGAAGAAGAUGAUGAUGAACAAGAUUGUCGGAGUUUCUUUCUUCUCUCCGGUAGCAUGAUGCGUAAGGUGAAACUACCGGAGGCUCGUUGGAAGCCAUGUGUUUCGACGCAUGGGUGGUUGCUGACCACUGGAGAAGAAGAGUUUUCCGCGAAACUCCUUCAUCCACUUUCGCGUACUCAAAUCGAUCUACCGCAACUUUAUAUGUUCCACGAGUUGUACUUUGAUCAAGAUGAGUGGACAUACUACCGCCAUUUCAUGAGGAGGGUCGUUUUCACAUCACCAAACCCUAAUUUCACCACAGAUAAUUCUAACACGAAAGGAGGCUCUUUUCGUGUUGUUAUCAUCUGGGGUGAAACUUUAGGGUUCUGCAGGCUCGGCGAUGUCUCUUGGACUCGUAUAAAUGGUUGGGAAGGAAAUCUUUUUGAUAUCACCUAUCAUAACACACGAAAACGCCUCUAUGUGAUGGCCACCAUGGGAACAAUCUACGAAUGCGACAUCCUAAAUAAUGAUGCAUUGCGCCCUUUAACUUUGCGUCAAUUAUCAACAUUCCCUGGAAAAGAAUUUGGUUGUUUGUGCCUCCCAUCGGCAUAUCUCCUCGAAUGGGGUCACAAUAGUUUGCUAAUGAUUACGCGUGAACGUAAAUAUUACAAAAAGCAUGAUGAAGAAUACAUCCGUUAUGGACCAUAUAGUACAAAGAGCUUUCAAUGUUUUGAGUUGAGUUUGGAUGAUGGCAAGUGGUCGAAGAUCACGAGUUUGGGGGACAAAUCGGUCUUUUUGGGUUUUAAUUCGUCGUUUGCCACGAAUGCGGGUAGAGGCAUGAAACCUGAUUGUAUCUACUUCACGGAUGAUCAUUAUGAACCUUACCUUGAUCUGCCGGAUGGAGGUGGAGGAGAUGUUGGAGUUUACCAUAUGUUCGAUGGCAGCAUAGAAGCCAUGUUCGAUUCACAAGAAUCCGUUUUUCGUGGCAGUCCUCCUCUAUGGCUUCAAUCAUGCAAUGAUCAAUGCAAUUUAGUUGUUUGCAAGUAGUGUUAUGAGUCUACAUAUGUAUUUGAAAGGGGUUUCAUAAUCAUAUUAUUGUUUUAUUUA